AUACUCGCCAACACGCAUUACGUUACUCGUGCUAAAUAUAUGUAAGUGUGAACUCGUGAAAUGAUGUUUUAUUAACAAAGUUCGGGAGGAGCACGUCAGAUACUUAGCCUAAUUAGACACAAGUGGUACGCCAUCAGGCUAAUCAACACAAGGGUACAAAUACAGCUGACAUACCUCCUUUCAUUUGACGGCUAAUCAGCAUCCCUCCACCACCCCUUCUCCACCAUUAUCACCAAAGUUCACUACACAGUAGGGGGGAUACUCUGGGUUCGGGCAAUUCCCGAGCUCGGAGCCCUUCCCCAGGACAGCACGCCAACAACGUAUUACCAUACUCGCCAAAUACGCAUUACGUUACUCGUGCUAAAUAUAUGUAAGUGUGAACUCGUGAACUACCACGUACAGUAGGUGUUAUCUCCGUAAUGCAUAUUUAUGUUUGUCUUUCACCCUUCACAUGUGACAUUGUGUGAAUGGUAGCAGUACGCAACUGUCCUAGAAGGAACCGAUGCAUUGAUCUUAUCUUGCACUAUUGGUGAAGAAGGACAGGAAUUUGGUUAAUUUUUUAUUUUUAUUUUAUAUAUCUCAUGUUGUCAUGAAUGUCUUAGGAUGUUUUUCCUGGGACAGGAGCUUGAAAUUUUUGUACAAGGAAAUGUAUUAUGUUAAUUAACUUUUAAAUAUUUAUGGAAAAAAAUAAAUGCUGUAUUCACUUAAGUUGGUGUUUUUUUUUUUUUUUUUUUUUUUUUUCCAUUUAAAUUUUUAACGGCAUUUUCUAAUGGACUGGUUAUACUUUGGGAAAUUUGUGCCCAAAAGUGAGCUAAACCUCAGCACAUGUAGGGGUUUGGGUUAAUUUAUUGUAUUUGUUUAUCUUUAUGUAAAUAGUAGUCUGUUGUAUUGAGGGUUGUGUUUGUUUUAAAUGUAGAUUUUAUGCAAGAUUUUAAAUACCCACUUAGAUCUCAUUUUUCUAGUAUCUGUGUUCUCACCAUGAGAACACAGCUCCCCCAUGUGGAGUAAAACAUAGUAACAGUCAAGGGGUAAAAGGGUCUGGAAAAUAAUUUGUAUAUUUUUAAAAUAAACACACAGUAAACCUAAAUGAAUUUGGUUGUGCAUUGCAGUCACACAGUUUCUUCUCUUUAUAAAAAAAAGAAAAAAAAAGAAAGAAAAGAAAUUAUGAUAUAAAACUCUAAUUUUGGAAACCUUAAAGAAAUAGUUCAACCAAAAAUGAAAAUAUGCUUAACUUACUUAACCUCAGGCCAUCCAAGAUGCAGUGAAUGGGUGCCAUCAGAAUGAGUUCAAACAGCUGAUUAAAAACAUCACAAUAAUCCACAAGUAAUUCACAUGGCUCUAGGCCAUCAUUUAACAUCGUUAACGUUUUACUUCAAACCAUUGCUUCCAGCUAAAGUACUAAGCUAAAAUAAAAGUUCUCUAUCCAUAAUAUUGCUUUCUUCAGUGAAAAAAUCAGCUUGUCUGAAUCAGGAGAGAAAUAUUUACAAGUGAAAACAAAUAUAAGACAACAAGGGAUGGACUUUUUCAUUGGAGGACACAUUAUUAUGGAUAACGCCUGGUGUUUUGGCCAGAAGUGAAGUUUAAAACGCCUUAAUGAUGAAUUUGUUUAUUACAAACACACAGCUUUUCACUUUAGAAGCCUUUAAUUGAUUGACUGGAGUCAUGUAGAUUGUGAUGGUUUGUAUCAGCUGUUUGGACUCUCAUUGGUGAGCAAGUGAUGUAAUGCUAAGUUUCUCCAAAUAUGUUCCAAUGAAUAAACAAUCUACAUCUUGGGUGGUUUGAGGCAGGGUCAAUUUUCAUAUUUGGGUGGAGCACUCCUUUCAUUUCUAGGUAUGGUUUUUAUUUAGUAAAAAAGUACAUCUUUAUUAUGUCUGUCUUAAGAUGGUGUAAAAUCUAAAAUACAGUAUUUUCCCCAAGCUUGUAAAUCUGCUUUCUUGAGAAAUGGAAAAUUUAAUUAUGGUACGUGAUAUUUUGAGAGGUUUUUGUAGUAGAACAAACACAUUUGAGUGGCUGCCUCUCGCUCGCAUAAAACAGGAUAACAGAAUUCUCCUUAAAGCAUUUUUCUCUGGUGCUUCAUGGGUAAUUUUGGUCUAGCAGUUAGAAGUAGGUCACGGUUCUCAGAAUGUGUGAACUAGCAGGUCAGAAGAAAUCUGGAUUGCCGUGAAUAAUGCUCACGUUUGUUUGUUAGACCCCUGCCUUUUACUUCUACACCUUGCACUGUCAUUUUGAGGUGGGAUCUCCUAAUUUGAUUAAUUUGCAAAGUAAAACCCCUCUCAAUGUCACCAUAGAAUUAAUUAAAAAUUACUCUCAAACACUGCAGGGAAAAUUAAAUGCAUCAAUGAACGUGCUAAAUGAUGCACAGCCCCCUUCAUGAAAGUGUGUUAUUAAAAAAAAAAAAAUCCGAUGCAUUUAGAUAUUUUGUUCCAUUUAAUGGCACUGUAGAGACUCUACUAAACUGCAAUAUAAUUUACUUGAAUUUAACUGUUUGGACAUCAUCGUGUGGACUGAGUGACAUGGAUGUGCAUUUAGCUAGACAAAUAAAGACAAACCAGUUUUUAUAGCUGCCAAGAAUGUUGUUGACUGUGGGAUUAUGUCAAACAGAUGUGGUAAAUUGUUUACUGAUGGUGAUCCAACACUCCUUAAAGGGACUGCACAGCUGCAUGAUCAUUACUGAUUCAACAGAUGCAGUUUUGGAGUCCAAAAAUGUAUUUAGGAAAUGUUUGUGUAUAUUCUGUGCAAGGUGAUGGGUGUUAAUGUCACUACUUGUAGUUUUAAACCCUCUGUGGUGCAUAUAUAAACCAGUGAUUUAGAGGUAGUCUGCAUGGAGGGAUUUUGAAUGACUUUCUCAUUAAAAUGUGUACAGGUGUAGUUGCUCUUGGGUGAUAUUUCAUGCCCUUUGAGCUUCUUUGGUAUUCAGAUUUCACCUUACAAAGACUACAAAUGUCUUGACUUUGCGUAAAUGUCCCAUCUGUAUUUGAUUCAGUAGAUUGCCAUUAGGUGUUUCUCAAGAAAUGUCUCCAUGAUUUCCCUCAGAACUGUCCAAAUAUGUGAAACACAAAUAAGCCAGUUGUCUAUUAAAGUCAGAGGAAGCUCCUUUCCAGAUUUGUUUUGAUACUCCGAUUGGUGGACAGGUCUUUGCAGCUUCAUGGAAGUACGAAGUGUGACAACUAGCCCCGUUCUCUCCUGAUCACUAACAACGAUGUAGAGACCAGUCAGAGGGCAUGUGAAAUGAGAACUGCAGCCUCCAAAGGGACCACAGAGCUGGACUGUAUUGCAGUGACUAUCGGGAUCAGUCUCUGGAGGAUUGGAGGAACACUUCCGUUCCUUUUCUCUCUCUCCCAGGAGAAGAGACUUUCUACGUUCUGAGGCUGAAACCUCAACUUUUAUCUGGGGGACAAACAAUGCAAGAGAAUGCCUGCAGCGGAGAAAGUCAAUUGGAGAGCGUCUCAGAUUGUUCCCCAGACUCCCCAGACUCAUGUCCACUGUCCUGCAUGGAGCCCUUUGCAGUCCACAGGCUUUCCUGCCGAACUGUCCAGCUGCCCCCUUUGGCCUUCAGGCAGGCUGAGCAGUACUACUGUGAGAGGAAACCAGAGACCGAGACGGCCCAGCCUCGACCCAGCAGCCUCCCCUUGAGAGCACCUCCACUGAUUGCCAUCACCUCCGCAGAUACAAGCAGUUUUGAUGUGGACAAUGGCACCUCAUCAGGACGUAGUCCGCUGGAUCCCAUGGCGAGCCCGGGGUCAGGUCUCAUCCUCCAGGCCAACUUUGUGCACAGCCAGAGGAGAGAGUCCUUCCUGUACCGCUCUGACAGCGACUAUGACCUCUCACCGAAGUCUAUGUCCAGAAACUCCUCCAUCGCCAGUGACAUACACGGUGAUGACAUGAUUGUUACCCCUUUUGCACAGGUUCUGGCAAGUUUAAGGACUGUCCGGAAUAAUUUUGCUGCUUUAACAAAUGUACAACAAGAAAGGGCCAAUAACAAGAGAUCCCCCAUGUGUAACCCACCUCCCAUCACAAAGACCUCCUACACAGAGGAGGCCUACCAGAAACUGGCCACAGAGACCCUGGAGGAGCUGGACUGGUGCCUCGACCAGCUUGAGACCCUCCAAACCAGGCAUUCGGUCAGCGAGAUGGCAUCCAACAAGUUCAAGAGGAUGUUGAACAGAGAAUUGACUCACCUCUCAGAGAUGAGCCGAUCUGGUAACCAGGUGUCUGAGUUCAUCUCCAGUACAUUCUUAGACAAGCAACACGAGGUGGAAAUGCCAUCGCCCCAGUCUCAGAAAGACAAGGAGAAGAAGAAAAGGCCGAUGUCCCAGAUUAGUGGUGUAAAAAAGUUAACGCACAGUUCCAGCCUUACCAACUCUAACAUCCCUCGGUUUGGAGUUAAAACUGAAACAGAAGAUGAGCUGGCCAAGGAGCUUGAAGAUGUAAAUAAAUGGGGCCUUAAUGUCUUCAAAGUGUCAGAAUUUUCUGGGAACAGACCUUUAACGGUUAUGAUGCACACAAUAUUCCAGGAGAGGGACUUGUUAAAGACGUUUAAAAUUCCCCUCGACACGUUUAUCACCUAUCUGAUGACUUUAGAGGACCAUUACCAUGCUGACGUUGCCUAUCACAACAACAUCCACGCUGCUGAUGUCACACAGUCCACUCACGUCCUGUUAUCAACCCCUGCCCUUGAGGCUGUGUUUACAGACCUUGAAAUUCUCGCUGCCAUAUUUGCUAGUGCGAUACAUGAUGUUGACCAUCCUGGCGUCUCCAACCAGUUUCUCAUCAACACUAACUCUGAGCUGGCCCUCAUGUAUAAUGAUUCGUCUGUGUUGGAGAAUCAUCAUCUGGCUGUAGGUUUUAAACUGCUGCAGGAAGAGAACUGUGACAUCUUCCAGAACUUGACCAAGAAACAGAGACAGUCACUCCGCAAGAUGGUCAUUGACAUUGUUCUGGCCACAGACAUGUCUAAGCACAUGAAUUUAUUGGCGGAUCUGAAAACCAUGGUGGAGACCAAAAAGGUGACCAGUUCUGGGGUAUUACUGCUGGAUAACUACUCUGACAGGAUACAGGUCUUGCAGAACAUGGUGCACUGUGCAGACCUCAGUAACCCCACCAAGCCGCUGCAGUUGUACAGGCAGUGGACGGACCGCAUCAUGGAGGAGUUCUUCAGUCAGGGGGACAGAGAGCGGGAGCGCGGCAUGGAGAUCAGCCCUAUGUGCGACAAGCACAACGCUUCAGUCGAGAAGUCCCAGGUGGGCUUCAUCGAUUACAUUGUGCACCCAUUGUGGGAGACGUGGGCAGACCUGGUGCACCCAGACGCCCAGGACAUCUUGGACACGCUGGAGGACAACAGGGAGUGGUACCAGAGCACCAUUCCCCAGAGCCCCUCUCCGGCGUUGGACACCAGCAGCGAGGGCCGACGCACCGCUGGCCAGGAGAAGUUCCAGUUUGAGCUGACUCUGGAGGAGGACGGAGAAUCCGACACGGAGAAGGACAGUGGAAGCCCUCCUGAUGAAGAGGAGGAGGAAGAGGAGGAAGAGGAGGAAAACAGCUGCAGUGACUCUAAAACCCUUUGCACACAGGACUCCGAAUGUACAGAGAUCCCCCUGGACGAGCAGGUGGGGGACGCACAGGAGGACGAGGAUGAAGAGGACGAGCAGGAGGAGGAAAGGGAAAUAUCAGAACCCUGUGUUUUAGAGGAGGAAGAGGAAGAGGAUGAUGAGGAGGAGGAGGAGGAGGAGGAAGACGACACUGCCAACACAUAACACAGUAUGACACGGCACCUGAACUUUUUUAUAUUAGAGAUGAGAAACACUUAUUUAUGGUUAAGAUAUUAGUUUUUUUCAUUGUCUAUUUUGCAUACGUCGUUCAGAAGUGCUUUUUAAAUGUCCGCCUUUAACCUGUUUUUUAUUUUUCAUUCCUCACUCUUUUUUUUUUUAGUUUUAACCAUUUUUACACUCAGGAAUAUCUUUUCCACUCCCACCUGUCAUUCAUACAGACAAACUAAACAAAUGAAAGGUUAAAAAGCUCGACUUGUAUUCCUGAUUGUGAGGUACUUUUUAUUUUUUUUUGACUGAAACAGUAUUUUAGAAACAUUUAGAAAGCAGCUGUUUUUCACCGACGAGACUAUUUUUUCCUGUUUAUCUGAAGGAAAGUGGCAAUUCGAAGCAUUUUAGCAGACAAACACUUUAGAAGUGAAUACUUCAUGCUUUGAACUUCAUGUCUUCCUGAUGCCUUGAAUGUGUUAUUAAUCUGGAUUUAGCUGUCUGUUGUGUUUGUGUAUCAGUCAUUAUUUGAAGUGAAUGGACAUGGUACCAAAGUGAAAAGAACUCGUGAGACACCAUUUUCACACUGAAAAUACUCAUUUUCAUUUAAAUGACCAUAUUUGGGGUAAAUAUGGUAAUUUCCACUUUUUUUAUGUUUGUUUUACCUUUAUUUGUUGCAUCCAAUCCAGAUCUGAAAAUAUAUUUUUUUUAACAAUAAGUUGCUCAGUUUAAUAAUACCUAAUUAUGACCAUAUUUCAACUUUAAAAAAAAAAAAAAAAAAAAAUGUAUUCCCCCCAA